AAAAAGAAAAGAUAAACACGGCUCAUUUUCAACCUCACAUUCACCGUUCACAUUGCAGCAGGCUCUAAUUAAGAAACUAUCUAAUUGAGAGUUGAGAUCUCAGAACUACAAUACAGAAGAUUUCUAGGUAGGCAGAUCGAUAGAAAGGCAACAUUCAACAGAUCGGGCUGAGCAAGCAAAAGAUGGCUUCUCUGAUCAAUGAAGCGGCAGCCAGUUCUUCAUCUUCUUCUCUCCCACUUUCUUCUACUGAUCACCAAAAUCAUUACAGACACCAGGUCUUCCUGAGUUUUCGAGGCGAUACGCGCUUCAACUUUACAGAUCAUUUGUACAAAGCUUUGUGUGACAGGGGAAUUGAGACCUUCAGAGAUGCUGAUAAGCUUAGAAUUGGAGAAGAAAUAUCAGCGGCACUUCUCAAAGCAAUUGAGGAGUCCAGAGUUUCAAUCGUCGUCUUCUCUCAAAACUAUGCUUCCUCAAGGUGGUGUUUGGAUGAACUCGUCAAGAUACUUGAUUGCAGAAAGUCUGAAGGACAAGAGGUCAGACCGGUUUUCUACAAAGUGAAUCCCUCAGAUGUACGAUACCAAAAAGGCGCCUUCGGUGACGCAUUUGCUAAGCUUGAACGCAGAUACAAGGAUAGCAUGGGCAAAUGGAAGGCAACUCUUAAGGAAGCAGCAGAUCUGUCUGGAUGGACAUACGAGGAAGAACGGUACGAGACUGAAUUUAUCAAUGACAUUGUUGAGGAGUUGUCCACCCAAGUAGUAAACCCUUCAUGUAAGUUGCCCGUUGCUGAGCAUCCAAUUGGAUUAGAGUCUUGCAGACAAGAUGUCAACAUUCUUUUACACGCCGAGGAAAAUACUGUUCGCAUGGUAGGCAUAUGGGGGCCUGGUGGAAUAGGAAAGACUACAAUUGCAAAAGAUGUGUUUAAUUCAAUUCACGAUAAGUUUAAACGCAGUUGUUUCUUGGCAGAUGUUAGAUCAACUGCCCUAGUCCAACUGCAAGAGAAACUUUUGUCUCGUAUUCUAAACUCAACUUUGAAGGUGAGCAGUGUUGAUGAAGGAGUCAGUUUUAUACAGACAAAGAUGCGACAUGAAAAAGUUCUCUUAAUCCUUGAUGACGUGAGUGAUUCUAGCCAAUUACAGAAAUUAGUUCCAUCCCCUGAUUGUUUUGGGCCGGGCAGUAGAAUUCUCGUAACAACAAGAGAUAAACGUUGGCUGAUUACUCAUGAAGUUGAGAAGGUAUACGAGGUCAAGAUGUUAAAUGAUCAUCAUGCUUUGGAGUUGUUUUGCUUGCAUGCAUUCAGAGAAAAUGGACCUCCAAGUGAUUAUUUGGAACUCGCACAACGUGCAGUAUGCUAUGCUCAGGGCCUUCCAUUAGCUUUGAUAGUUUUAGGCUCUCAUCUAUUUCGUAGAAGAAUAGAGGAGUGGAAAGCUGCAAUAGAUAGUUGUAAAGGAGGUCCUCAGGCUGAUAUACAGAAAGUUCUCAAACUAAGUUAUGAUGCUCUAAAAGUAGAUUUAAAAGAACUAUUUCUUGAUAUCGCUUGCUUCUUUAAAGGUUGGCCUGUGGCCCGUGUGAAACUAAUACUAGAAGCUUGCUACAACCACAAAACAAUGAUGAUUGGUAUUGCUCGGCUCCAAGAAAAAGCCUUGAUAAGAAUUGACGGACAUGAGAUUUGGAUGCAUGACUUGAUAGAAGAAAUGGGAAGAGACAUAGUGUUCCAAAAUUCACCUGAUGAACCCGGGGAGCGCAGCAGAGUGUGGAGUGGAGAAGAUGUCAACGAUGUUUUAACAUAUAAUACAGGAACAAAGGAAGUUAAAGGCAUUCAAGUCUCGUCACUCCCGUGGCGAUCUUCUACGAUAUCUCUGAAUGCUAAAAGCUUCUCAGGGAUGGAGAAGCUUAGAUAUAUUUCCAUGAGCCACAACGUGAAUUAUGAAUUCUUUUCUGGAGACAUUGAUUAUCUCUCCAAACAGUUGAGGUGGCUUGAUUGGCCAAAAUGUCCGUUGCAAUGUUUUCCAUCCGAUUUUCAUGCAAACAAACUUGUAUAUCUCGAUAUUUCUUACAGCUGCAGGAUCACAAGACUAUGGAAGGGACAUAAGGUACUUAUAUCUAAUAAUUUGUUUUAUUUCAAGACUUGUUUAAUUAAAAAAAUAAGUAAUAUAUAACUAUGUUGUAAAUUA